AUGUGUCAGCCCUGUGGCCUGGAGGGUGUCAGCCCCGCGGCCUGGAGGGUGUCAGCCCCGCGGCCUGGAGGGUGGCUCAGCGGAGCUCCUCGUGUUGUGCCCCGGAGACUCAGGGAGUGGAAAGCCAGCAGCAGGAGCCAGCUCAGCAAGAUUCCUCCUCUGCUCGCUCCUCGCUCUCCCAGCUUUGUGUACUGUGGUCCCUUUAAAGUGGCGUGGGCCCCCACCUCCCGUCUCUCUCAUCCAGAGGAAAACAGGGCUCCUGCAUGA